AUGAGUAAAGCAGUCCUCCGCAAAGAUUUCAAAUGGGGUUUCGCAACUGCGAGCUACCAAAUUGAAGGUGCACCAGAGGAAGAUGGUCGCGGCCCUUCCAUCUGGGACACAUUUUGCAAGAUCCCCGGCAAGAUUGCAGAUGGUAGUUCAGGAGACGUAGCAUGUGACUCCUACCAUCGGGCCUCUGAGGACAUUGCACUGCUCAAACUUACCGGGGCGGAAGCCUAUCGGUUCUCGAUCUCAUGGUCUCGCAUUAUUCCGCUGGGUGGUCGUCAUGACCCGAUUAAUCCUAAGGGUAUUGCUUAUUACACCAAGUUGGUGGAUGAUUUGCUUGCAGAGGGCAUCACGCCGUUCGUGACGCUGUUUCAUUGGGAUUUGCCGGAUGGGUUGGAUAAACGGUAUGGAGGGUUGUUGAAUAAAGAGGAGUUUGUCAAGGAUUAUGCUCACUAUGCUCGAGUGCUUUUUCAAGCGAUUCCUCAGGUCAAGAAUUGGAUCACGUUUAAUGAGCCGUGGUGUUCCUCGAUCUUGGGCUAUAACACGGGAUUAUUUGCUCCGGGUCACACGAGUGAUAGAUCAAAGAGCGAUGUUGGAGAUAGCAGCAGGGAACCUUGGACUGUAGGACAUAAUUUUCUUAUAGCUCAUGGUACAGCUGUGAAGAUCUAUCGGGAAGAAUUCAAGGCUAGAGAUGGUGGUCAAAUUGGAAUUACUCUUAAUGGUGACGCCGUCUACCCCUGGGACCCUUCGGAUCCCCAGGACGUGGAAGCCGCGGAACGCAAACUCGAAUUCAGCAUAUCGUGGUUUGCCGACCCCAUCUACCUCGGCCAAUACCCAGAAUCCAUGCGCAAGCAACUCGGAGAUCGUCUCCCCACCUUCACCGAUGAAGAAGUGGCGCUUGUAAAAGGCUCGAAUGAUUUUUACGGCAUGAAUUCCUAUACCGCUAAUUAUAUCAAACAUAAGACGACUCCUGCUGAAGAAGAAGAUUUUCUGGGGAAUUUGGAGCCGCUGUUUGAGAAUAAGAUCGGCGAGAGUAUUGGUCCGGAGACUCAGAGUGUGUGGUUACGUCCUAAUCCCCAGGGAUUUCACGAUUUGAUUUUAUGGAUAUCAAAGCGUUAUGGUUUUCCACCCAGUAAGCACAUUUCCCCAUCCUCAUUCCCAUCACCUUUCCCUUCUAUCAUAUCCCCCCAAAUCAAACUAAUCCCCUCCCCUUCCUCCCCACUAGUCUACAUAACCGAAAACGGCACGUCCGUCCUCCACGAAAACGACAUUCCGUACCCAGAAAUCCUCCACGACACAUUCCGCGCCGACUAUUUCCGGACGCACAUACUUGCGAUGGCAUCUGCAGUCGAGGAAGGCGCCGAUGUGCGCGGGUAUUUGGGCUGGAGCUUGAUGGAUAAUUUUGAGUGGGCCGAGGGAUACGAGACGCGGUUUGGCGUGACUUAUGUGGAUUAUGAGGGGGGUCAGCGCAGGGAACCGAAGGAUAGUGCGUUGGUUUUGAAACCGCUUUUUGAGGAGUUGAUUAAGAAGGGAUAG